GGUACUUUAAGUGUAAUAUUUCACAAUAUUGCUAUUGUUAUCAAAUAAAUGGCAAGCAUAAGGGACUUCUUUCAAAAACAUUAUUUGUAAUUUUUUACUAACACUAACGUGAAUAUACAUCUAAUAAUUGAAUCUAUAGCGAUCUAAAGAUUACUAUUUAGGUAGGUAAUUCUCGACAUUCGUGAAGGGUCAGUCACUGGGACACAAAACGGUGAACGGACUCCUAAAAUAUCAUUGCUAAGCGAUCAGUUAAGCGAGCAGCGAGAGUCUGUUAUGAGCCUGAUUAUUCCUGCAGCUGGUUGUGAAUGAAGCGGACAGAACACAGACAAAAGCAAUAUAAAUGUCCUCAAGUUAUCUUCCUGGUUGCAGGCUUUUAGCUUAAUGCAUUGCACUGCGUAUUCUUUAAAGGCGACGUCUCAUAAAGUUGUUUUAAGAGAAUGCCUCGUGUUUGCACUGCUGUGAUCUAUGCAAGAGUUGCAACUAUUUUUUUGUUGCAGUUGUUCAAAACAAAAUCGCUAUCAUUCAAUUUGUGUUGUUUCAUGUUUGUUGACCGCUUCACUCUUACUCUAAAUGAGGAUUAUAUAAAAACAACAAAGAAUGCAGUACGUGGAUGCGUCUAAAAGCAGAACCCGAUUUUGCCAUGUUCCUGGAUCAACGUCGUGAUUAACCAAUCGGAUUUGAGAAAACAGUUUAUAGUUUUUGUAAAGUUUAGACGUACAUUCAGCGUUUGGUGCUUGUGCUUCAGUGUCGUUCAUCUAUUAUUUUCCACUGUUUUUAGGAAGUACUCAUGGUUAAGGUUAGGUUUAGGUGUAGGGAUAUGGUCAAGACUAAUUUUGGAUUAAAAAUAUUCAAAAUAUGUUGAGCUAGGAACACGUCUAAUGUGUGUCCGAACUGGUACUUAACAGAUUUUAUUUUAUAUACAGCGGAAUAUUUUAGACAUUUUUUUUUUUCCACAGCAUUUUCAAUAUAAAUCAUUUCCCUAAAGUAGUUUCGGAAUAUUGUGUAUAAUGUAAUCAGAAUGUAUUUAUAUACAGGGGAUGUUGUGGUCAUUUACCCACAGGAAAAAAAAAAAAACCCACUUGGUGUAGCGUGAUCAGAUUUUUGCUACUGUGGCAAACAAAAUCAUUUCAUGAUGGUUUACUUUGUUUAUACUUAAACUUUGAGUCUUUUUUUCCACGUUAUGGUGAUCAGUUAACAAUCAACCCGAUCAUUUGAAAGUGCGCAAUGAUGAAAUAAAUGAGGAUGAAACACAAGAAACAGAAAUAGCGAUAUUUGUUUUCCUGUCCGUGUGACACUGACAAAACAAUCAAAUGACCACAGUUCCUCCCGGCUGCAGUAAACAUGAUGUUAGACUUAAAAUACAGUUCCUGCGUUACUAUCCUUAACACGGGGCUGAGAGGAAUCAUUAACAUUAUUGGUCCACUAGUCUGGAUAUUGGGGAAAAAUAGAAGACACGCAGAUGAGUGAGUUUUUCACAUGAAAACAUUAAUUUCCUGUCAUUGUCAUAUGCGAUAUUAGCUCACAUGUGUCUCUCGUGGGAGUGUCUUUGUGCCUUUCUUCUUUGCUCCGAUGGAAGGAUGUGGGUUUUCUUAAACAUAUGAAACAUGCUCGUUGGCGCUUUUAAUGCGAGGAUGAGGAAGUUUACGCAAGCGAAUGAGAAGGGAGGUUCAGCUGUAAAGAAACUGGAAUAUUUGCACUUCAGCGCUGGAUAAAAUGCUUUUUUGUGGGUAUCUCCUGACAGCUUUGAUCAUCCUCAAGCAGCAUUUUAGUGCUGCUGAGUACUCUCCUCCACCGGCUCCUACACUGACCCAGACAUACACCCGAGACUCAUCUGUGGAGUUGUUGUGUCUGGCUCCGGAAGGUUAUGGUGGACUUGUAUUUAAAAUUUUCAAAGUGCAGCAGCUGAUUGAUCAAGUUGAACAUUCAAGCAAACGGCAAGGCGCUCACUUUAUUCUUAGAGGAAAAGAUACGGAAAAAAAGAAUCUGUACUGCUGUCAGUAUGAUCAUAGCAGGAUCAGUUCCUAUAUGAGCCCGGAGCCAAAAGCAGUCUCAGUGAGUCCCCCUCCAUCCCCUCACCUGGUGGUCGAGCCCUCCAGUGGGCAUGUCAUUCCUGGUGACACGCUGUCAUUUCACUGUCAGGCUCCACCUGACCCUCAGAAACAGUCUCCUGAGGCUUUCCUCUUGCUCCGGAGAGUCAGAGGAAACCCAGGCUCCAUGGUUGCUCCAGCUCAGCUGGUAUCUCAGUCCCAUGAAGCUCGAUUCAGUGUGAAGACGAUGGGACGUGAGGACGGUGGGGAGUAUGUGUGUCUCUACCAACUCAAGUCAUCAAAGACGGGACAAGUGAACUCCACAGCCAGUCAGCCGGUACACAUCACUGUCAUAGAGCUUCCCGUCCCCACUCUGUCCUUGUCCCGACACAUGGGUGGAGUUAUGGAGUGUGUUGGGUCACCCUCAUAUCCACAAGGCUUCUUCUAUUUAUUUCGUGUGGGUGUUCUGUCACCUGAGGCAACCCAUCAGGCCUCCCUGACCGAGCACAGUGCUAGAUUUCCUAUACCCACUCAUUAUGAACGUGGUGCACAGUAUCAAUGUCAGUACAGCGUGGCGCUGGGCAAAUCCAAUGCUUACUCUAAAAUGAGCUCACCAGUAACUAUCCCAUGCAUUACAGGGUAUCAUGAAUGCACACCAACCUCUACAGGAAGCACAGAUCUGGCUCUGAUUAUUGGCUCUGUGUCUGCUGGUGUUCUGUUCCUCAUGGUAGUGGGAAUCUUGUGCUUUGCCGUCCACAGACAUCUCAAAAACAUGUCAGAGAGAAGGAGACAAAGAAAUCAAGAAAAAUUCUGGCAACAUGUUCACUCUAGAGAUCACGUUGCUGACCUCACUCUGCAGCGUCUUGACAUUGCUUCUGAGGGCAGUGGACAAACACUCAGUGGAAGACCCUCAUUUUCAGAGCCCAUUUACGACUAUCCCAUGGCAACCUUUAAGAAUCCCACGCUUUGCUGAUCUUUCUAUAUAUUGUAUCUAUCUGUCUAUGCUAUAUUAUAUUUUGUGCGACAUGUUUGAUAUAUUCUGUACAACUGUAUGUUUAUUUAAAAGGAAAAACAUUUUGUAUAUUUGUAAGUAACGUAUGAAUAAACGCUCUACUAUAGAUUC